AUGGCAGGGUCAAGGCAAUCCGCGGAGGAAGAAAUGAGGGCAGAAGUAGACGUCUUGAACAGCAGGCUGGAAAAGACGCGAAUGUUGAACAAGAAACUGGCUGCUUCAAUUUCACGUUUGGAUGUCAACGGGAAAAGUGUACAAGAGGCUAUCGGUCCAAUUUACAGUGACACACAGAAGCUUCAAAUCUUUGGGAAAAACGUCGAUGAGCUAAUGAAUGCGAUCGAAAAAGUAAGACAACCCUCUGAUAUUAAGGGCAAUGAAGAGGAUAUUAUUCGCAAAGGCCCUGAGCAAGCAGGACUUCCAACAUUCCUCAACUCAGUAGAGCGAAUGAAUAGAGCAUUAGCAGAUCUGAAGAAAACGAAUUUGCGAUCAAAUUACCAAGCCAUAGCUGACUUCACGAGGCUACUCAGGAAUUCUCAACAACAGCUUGAGGGAUAUUUUCGAAAGAUGCUGUUGGAAGAUUCAAAUGCUAUUGAACCCUUGUUCUAUUUAACUAAAGAUAAGCCUUUUCCUGUUAUCUCACAAGAAAGAGCUGCUCGCCUUAAUCUGAUUAUUUCCUACUUAACAUCUGCCAGCAAAGUUUCCGAAAAUACAGGGCCGCCUACCUCGCAGCUUUAUUCUAGUGUUCGGGGUCCAUAUCUUAUACAAUGUUUGCAAAAUCUUGCUUCAGCUACCAUACAAACAUUACGGAAGAGGUCACCCGAUGAGAUUUAUAAGUAUGGAACUAAUGGCAUAAGUACAUACGCAAAGGGUAUAGAAAGUGCUUUUUUAGCAGAAUAUGAAAAUAUUUGUGCACUCUUCCCGCAAGACGAGUGGGGUAAAGCCUUCAAUGCCACAUGCCAGGGCUCAAUUACAGAACUUAUGAGGACCCUUCGAGACGUAAACAACCACAUUAAGGCAAACAUUACUACCGAUUGUUUUCUGGCCUACGAGGUGUUAGAAGUCAUUUCAGAUCUAUCUUCAAGCCUAGAAAAUAAAACCGGAGAGCUGAAACCAUCGUUUGCUGGCGCUGUGAACCCUAUCCGUGAAACCGCCAAGUCCUCACUUUCAGAAUUACUCGAAAAUACUCGACAAUCGACUGUAAAUUUGGGGAAUUUACCUCAGGACGGAGCCGCAGUAUUGAUCACUGUUGAUACGGUAAACCGCUUACAAACUAUGGCUGGCUUUCUCCGACCAAUCUCAAGUCUAAUGAUUUCGAUCGGAGAUAACGGCUGGAAGCUGAACUCAACACCUGCCGUCUCAGCAGAGAAAGUUCCUACAAUGGGUCUAUUUGAUGUAGGAGCAGAUGGAAAACAAAUUUUUGCUCAUUAUUGUAUUGAUACAAUCGAGACCCUUCUUGGCGCAUUAGAACUCAAAGCAAAAGCAAGCUACAAAAGUAAGGCUACCUUUGGAAUAUUUCUCGCCAAUAAUGCAGCUAUAAUUGAAAGGCUUUUCCAAACUUCAGAAUUACAAUCUCUUAUAUCCACAAGGAUGGCCGACGUGGAAAAAUGGCGGAAAAAUGGAGAGGCACUCUACCUACAAAGCUGGCGAGAGCCUGCUGCUCACCUUUUCGACAAAUCCUAUACCAAUCGUCUUUCAACCAGCAACCGUCCCAAUUCAGGCUCAGGCACACUUAACGACUCAGUAGUGAUUCUCAAAGCCCUCAGCAGUAAAGAGAAAGACGGGAUCAAGGAAAAAUUUAGACUCUUCAAUGCCAGUUUCGAUGAUUUAAUUGCUAAGUACAAGGCAAUGAGCAUGGAGAGAGAGCUUAGAGAAGGUUUGGCAAGGCAAAUACGUUCGAUGAUCGAACCACUUUAUGGAAGAUUUUGGGACCGAUAUCAUGAAAUCGACAAAGGGAAGGGGAAAUAUGUUCGUUAUGACAAGGCCAGCAUAUCUAAUAUUUUCUCAUCUCUCUCAUAG